CUUGCAAGGCUUGCAGACAGAGUGAGUACCAGAUAUGGUGUAGGAUAACAGAAACCAGCGGCAAGGAGGGAGUUGAAGGUAUUGAAAGUGUCAGCCAGAGCAGUCACCGUGGAUCGUGGAAAGUGGAGGUGGAGGGCACCAUGCAGAAUGAGCAGGGCCCAUCAGCCUCUAGUGAAGGCAUUACAACUCCCAGUAUCACCAGUGUGGCAGCCAGUAUUGUCACUACUACCAGCAUGGGGAGCCCUACUGUGUCCCAAAUCUCAGUCUAUGGAGGGAUUCCUGACAGACAAACUGUUCAGGUGAUCCAGCAGGCCCUGCACAGGCAGCCCAGUACUGCAGCUCAGUACCUGCAGCAGAUGUACGCAGCCCAGCAGCAACACCUCAUGCUGCAAACAGCAGCCCAGCAGCAACACCUCAUGCUGCAAACAGCAGCCCAGCAGCAACACCUCAUGCUGCAAACAGCAGCCCAGCAGCAACACCUCAUGCUGCAAACAGCAGCCCAGCAGCAACACCUGAGCAGUGCUCAGCUCCAGAGUCUAGCAGCAGUGCAGCAGGCAAGCAUGAUGGCCGGAAGACAGAGCUCCAAUGAAAAUAGUAACACAACUCAACAGACAGGAAUCGCACAGACCACUAUCAACCUGGCCACACCUACAACAUCAGCCCAGCUAAUCAACAGAGCCCAGUGUGUUAGCUCCGCCCCCACGUCCAUCCCUCGGCAAGCAGUGCUCUUGGGUAAUGCCUGCAGCCAGGCCCUAACAGCAAGCCAGGCUCAGAUGUAUCUGCGGGCUCAGAUGCUUAUUUUCACCCCAAGUGCAGCUGUUACUGCUGUCCAGUCUGAGGCUUCAGCCCAGUUUUCCAACCGACCGUCUGCUUGUGCACAGGUCCAGAACCUUGACAUCCACAGCCAGCAGGGGACUCUCUCAACCUGCCCCUCCACCCUCACCUCCUCCUCCACUUCCUCCUCCUGUGCUCAACUCCAGGGCCUGUGUCUAAAGCAAACCUCUACAGGGUCUCAGCUCUCCCUACCGGCUGCCCACUUCAGGAGCCCUGCCCAAGGGCCGGGACAAAGGGCGAGUCCCCAGGGUGUCUCCUCAGGCGGAGGGCAGAAAGCAGAGGGUCCACUGGAGCUGACACACCUGGUGAGCGUGAGCCGCAGUUUGACGGCUGUUAGUAGCCAUCCCCUCAUCAGCCCAGCAUAUACCCAGAUCCAGACUCACCAACUACUUCAACAGCAUAAGCAACAGCAGUUUGUGAUCCAGCAGCAGCAACAGUCUCAUCCACCCCAGAGGAGCCAGGCCGCAGUGCUUCACACAACGUCCCUUAAUACCCACACACAGGGCCAGACGGUGCAAGACCUGGCUAUCCAUCUCCAGGGUCAGACCCAUUCCAGACAAGGUCCAGUCCCUGUGCUUCCAAAAAUACCUGUCCCCAGCCAGCAGACCACUAUCUUCCAUGCAACUGUUACCCCUAAGGUGCUAGCCCAUAAUGGUUCAACCCAAACCCAGAAUGGAUCAUCUUGUACCCAGAAUGACAGCAGACCCACCCCUUCCCAGAGCCAGGCUGGUCAGCCUAGUGCCAAACCUCUGCAGCAGGCUGCAGUCAAUCUUCAGAUCGAGCCACAAUAUCCAAUCCAGGACAGUGCCAAUAAAGUGAUGUCCAAACUUGAGCUAGCCAUGGACCACAGCUCAACUCCAUUUAACCAGCAGCUAACCAUGAAAUCUAGUCAGGAGGGCACCACUAGAGAACUUGGUCCAGAUACCCUGAGCAAACCAAUCAUUCACCCUGAAGCAGAUAAGGGGGGCGUCGAGAGGCUGAAUGCGAAACCACCAGGUGCGUGCUCAGCCCCAGUCAUGACAUCGGGGAAUGGGAACAAUGCGCCCACGGUGACUGGCAGCACCCCACAGAAUGGCGAGAGCAAACCCCCCCAGGCCAUAGUCAAGCCUCAGAUCCUAACCCACGUUAUAGAAGGAUUCGUUAUCCAGGAAGGAGCCGAGCCUUUCCCUGUGGAACGUCCCUCGUUUCUGAUCGAGAACCUGAAGAAGCAGAAGCUGACCCACAUCAAUACCACAGACUCUGAGAUGGAGGACCUGUCUCAGCAAGAUCUGAAGCAGCAGCAGCAGGAAGAGCCCAUGCUGACCUGUGAGCUGUGUGGCAGAGUUGACUUUGCCUACAUCUUCAAGAGGUCCAAGAGGUUCUGCUCCACAGUGUGUGCCAAAAGGUACAACGUGGGGUGCACAAAGAGAGUGGGCCUGUUUCCCAAUCGAAAUACCACAAUGGAGAAACUAAAGAAACAGAGGGCAUCCAAUGGAAACAACCAGAAUACCAGCUUGGAGUCCAAAAAACAGACUACUGCUGCCAAGCAACCAGCUGGUGGCUCUUUGUCGUCUGUCCAUGCCGGUCAGGGGGAGUCCGGCCAUUUCUCAGACAUGUCAAGUUAUGACGGUCCUCCUUCUCCACUGUCUGCUGCCAGCUCUGGUACCCUGCGGGUGCAGACGGGCAGAGGGCCUGAGCGCUUAGAGAGUUGUGGGAGACAGCUGCCCCUCCUCUCCCAACACUUCCUGCCCAGUGACCCUGGAAAGUGGAACGUAGAACAUGUGUAUGAGUUCAUCUGCUCACUGCCAGGUUGCUUGGAGAUUGCUGAAGAGUUCCGUUCUCAGGAAAUCGAUGGCCAAGCCUUAUUGCUGCUGAAAGAGGACCACUUAAUGGGGACCAUGAACAUCAAAUUGGGACCAGCGCUCAAGAUCUUCGCUCAAAUCAGCAUGCUCAGAGACUCGUAGCCACCUCCUCGUUAGGCCAGCUCUUUCUUGGCAGAAAGAACAUGGUACUGGCCAGGAUUCCAAAAACAGACCUCUGACAGCUAAACCCUAAAUAUGCUGGGCGGUUGUGUAAGACUAGCGCACCACUAGUCCAUAGCACAUGUGUGGCACAGUGAAGAUGAGUCCAUAGAAUGUCUUUGCUUCAAGUCGAUGGACAGCCUCUACUGUUUAAGUAACUUCAUUUUAUCACUGUGGAUGAAAACUGGGUAGCAUGAACAAGCUACACCCCAAAUGGACACAAAGGUGUGACAAGUCUUUUACCAAUAGUUAGGUCAGUUUUUUACCAAAUGUGAGCUUAAUAAAUAAAGGUGGUCACAUGUGAUUCUCCAUUUGCUCACCACAAGGUAUGGCACAGAGUAAUAGUGCAGCCACUGUCUGCCUUGCUGGCGUAGCAACAUACUUUUAACAGCUAAGCUCACUUUAGCAUUGGAUUUUGCCAAGUUCGUAAACCUGUACGCCUAUUCAAAAACUUGGAAUUCCCAUCGGACUGCUGACAUUUCACCAAGCAUUGCUCUUCCAGCCAAGAUCUUGAUCAGUUUUUAACGUUAUAUUAUACAGUUUGGGGAACUAUGAAACACUGAGUAUUCUUUUCUUUUUUCCGAUUGUAUGUGUGCCAUGUGUGUCACAUACUAUUAUCGCAUCGGUUGGGCUGUGAAAGGUCAGUGACAACCAAGGUCAGAGUUCAAGUGUAUGGACUUUGAGUGCAGUGCUUUGUGGCAAGUUCGUGCAGUGUGCUGCACCACUGGUAGCUUCUGCAUGGGCUCCACUGCUCUUCCAUACGAAAACAAUGGCACAGCCAGCGCAGAGCGCUUUCAAUCCUGAUCAUGUGUCACCAGCUUUAGAAUUACUCAUUUGUCUCUUGGGGGACAGUAUUUAGGUUCAUACACAAUAUUUGGAUUUGUAUCUGGAUUCUGGAUGAAAUAUUCAGAAAAGAAGCACAAGAUGCCUUUGUUCAUAUUUUGUCUUUGUUGAAUGUAACAGACACUCUAGUGGUGCUUGUAGUACAAUACAUGUAAUGUGUGAGGUUAGAUUUGAUAUUAGAUCUAGUCUUGUGAUGGUUAUCUAAACCAUGAAUGCCUGUUCAUUAAACCAUAUCUACCACCAAAAAUACCCCUUCCGUGAAAUCAAAUGUUUCAUCCUGUUGAUCCAUGAAAUUUAAAUUUUGUACACAUUUCUGAAAAUAAUACGUUGGCAUAUGCACAGACUGUUGUAAUAAAAUGAUGUACAAAGCAGAUAGAAUAAGAUGAAUAGUAUUGAAAACACUGUAUCAGGGGUCUGUAGAGGAUAGUCACUUACUUGGUCAGAACAAGUUUGACUGUAUUCAAUAAAAGUAGGAAAUGAAUGUUUGCCAGAAUUUUAUACAUUCAUCAGUGUCACAUGAACAUGUGACAUAAUCAAAGCAAAACUAAAUCCAUAAUCAAGUGAUCAGUUUGCCCCCCUCACCCAUUAUGGGUGAAUAUCUUUUUAG